AUGGAACUGGGUCUUGCUUCACGUUCUUUUGAUUCCUUUGACUUUAAAUUUGGAAUUCCUUUACAAAAUGCUCAUAGAAAAUGUGUCCAUAGGUCGUGCAAUGAGAAGGGAGAUAUCAUUUGUGAAAUCUGUCAUCAGCCUUACCAACCUGGUUAUACUGCUCCAUCACCUCCCCCUCAGUCUGACGACACUACUGUUGACAUCAGCUUUUCUGCAGAACAUGAAUUGGGUGGUGUUCAGGAAGUCCAGGGGUAA